GAGGACUCCGACGAUGACCAUGAUGAUGGGUUAGGUGCACGUGGUGAGGCUUUCACAAUGGAUCCUGCUGAGUUGGAUCGCGACAACCAGCGCAAAUACAUGUUUCGGGAGGCAGUGCCGAAAGAGCACCAGGACCGAUAUGAUGCAUACAACAAAGUAAAGCUGAGAACAGCGGACGUGAGAAGAUUGGUGAAUGCCACUUUGUCACAAAGCGUGCCUCAGAAUGUUGUAACAGUCGUGGGCGCUUACACUAAAAUGUUCGCCGGCAUGUUGAUUGAAAGCGCGAGAGAGGUACAAGCAGAAUGGCUAGCUGAAUGCGAUCGGGGACCUCUACAGCCCGAUCAUCUCAGAGAGGCGCUUCGACGAUAUAAGAAG